GUGCUCGAGGCUCCGGCUCUGCCCCUCCUGCAGAUGCCGAGCGCAGGCGCCCCCCUGCGCGUGGGCCGGCCUGCCGGGCCCCGGGGCCAUGGCCGACGACAUCGUCGACGCUUUCAUCCGCGGCUCCUCGCUCCGCUUCGGGCCGUCGAGCGUAGACUUCGGGACGAGCCCCGCCCACGAGGGCUCGAGGAGCCACGCUGGCGGCCAGUCCCGCCAGGACGGCAGCGCCCCGCCGCCGCAGCCGGGCCCCUCGCGUUGCGGCCGCGGCCCAGCGCGCGAGGGGCCACCAGGGGGCGCCGCCCGGCGGCACGACGGCGAGGCGGCCUACGUGGAGCACCCAGCGGUGCAGGCGCGCACGUGGUCCGAGGUCGAGAGGUGGAGGGCAAGCCACGGCGUCCUCGUCGAGGACAGCGGGGGCCUGCCGCUGCCGAAGCCGACGGUGGCCUUCGACGAGGCCCCGUUCCCCGACUGGGCCGCCGAGGCUUUCCGCAGCUGGGGGCUCUCGGCCCCGUCGCCGCUGCAGGCGCAGGCCUGGCCGCUGGUGGCCAGCGGCCGUGACGUCCUGGCCGUGGCGCCGCCGGGCAUGGGCAGGACGCUGGCCUACGGCGUGCCCCUGCUGGUGCGCGCCCUGUCGCGCCCCGAGGCCGAGCAGGCCGUCGGGCCCGCCGCCCUCGUGCUCGCGUCCGCCCCGGAGCCCGGCGAGCAGGCGUGCGCCGCCCUGGAGCCCCUGGCCGCCGCCGCGGGCCUCAGGGUCGCGCUGCUCGACGAGUGCGGCGGCGGCGGACUGGCGGGCGGGCUGGCGCUGCUGGUCGCCACGGUGCCCUGCCUGGCGGCUGCGCUGCGCUCGGGGUCGCUGGCGGGCAGGCUGGGAUGCCUCUCGGCCCUCGCGCUCGACGACGCCGACGCGCUGCUGGCCGAGGGCGGCUGCCCCGCCGGCGACCUGGACCGCGCCCUGCGGCUGCACGAGGGGGACGUGCAGCUGCUCUUCUUCGCCGCCUCGCCAACGAAGGAGGCGUCGGAGGCCUUCGGGUGCAGGAGCCGCAAGGGCGCCGCGCGGCUGAGCGCCGCUCCCGGGGCCGGCCUGGGCGCGUGCCCGAAGGUGACGCACCACGUGGAGGUGGUGCACGAAGACGCCAAGCGUCGCUGCGUCGACGAGGCGCUCCAGAAGAUCGCCGAGCCCAUCGCGCGGGGUGCCCGAGCCGUUGUGUUCGCGCCGGGGCGCGCGGCCGCCCAGGAGGUGUCCGGCGCGGCCUGCUCCACGGGCAUGCCGGCGGCCACGCUGCACGACGAGACUGGGCCAGAGGAGAGGCGGGCCGCGCUGCGCGAGUUCCGCGAGGGCGGCGCGCGCGUCCUCGUCGUGGCGCCGGGCGGGGUCCUCGAGGGGCUGCCCCACGUGCAGUUCGUCGUCAACGUCGGCUGCCCCCUCCCCGCGGAGUACACCCAGCGCCUGGGCCGUUGCUGCGCGCCUGGCCAGCAGGCGUGGGUGAUGACGCUGCUGGCGCCGGAGGACUUCUGCCACGCCCGCGGCCUGGCGCUGAUGCUGGAGGAGGCGGGCCAGCCAGUGCCCGCGGGGCUCCGGCGCGCCGCAGCAGGCCUCGCGACGACCAUUGCGCGGGAGGCCGCCGCCGCCGCCGGAGGCUCGGAGGACCUCAAGCCUGGGGAGUGGCACUGCGUGGACUGCAGGCAGCACCAGUACAGCUGGCGCCGGGCGUGCCGAGACUGCGGCGCGGCCCGCCCGAUGCUCCUCGGGGCUCCCACGCCGUGGGCACGCUCGGAGGACCUCAGGCCUGGGGAGUGGCACUGCGUGGACUGCAGGCGGCACCAGUACAGCUGGCGCCGGGCGUGCCGAGACUGCGGCGCGGCCCGCCCGCUGCUCCUCGGGGCUCCCCCGCCGUGGGCACGCGGCGCGCGCCCCGCGGCCCUGCUCAGGCAC